CAUUAUCAGACGACUGCAGGCACUUGCACGGACAGCCCUGAGUGUGCUAUAUUGCGGGGUCCUAGCAGCCUGGCCGCUUUGGCUGCGAAGAGGAGACAGCAGCAAUGGCGGAUUACGAUACCUUCGACGAUCGGGCUUAUAGUAGCUUCGGAGGAAGCAGAGGGCCCCGACGUGGCGAUGCUGGCCCUGGUCCUCGCAAACAGAAAGAUCUUCCUACAGACCCACCUUUCACAGCGUACGUGGGUAAUCUUCCAUUCAACACUGUACAAGGAGACAUAGAUACAAUCUUUAAAGAAUUGAGUGUGAGGAGUGUGCGGCUAGUCAGAGAUAAGGAGACGGAUAAGUUCAAAGGUUUUUGUUAUGUAGAAUUUGAUGAUCUGGAAUCCCUUAAAGAAGCCUUGACAUAUGAUGGUGCACUUUUAGGUGAACGUUCCUUAAGAGUGGAUAUAGCAGAGGGCAGAAAACAAGAAAAAGGUGGCUUUGGUUUCAGGAAAGGAGGGUCAGAUGACAGAGGAAGCGAUAGUUUCGGCUCUAGAGGAGCUCCAAGAGAUGACUUCGACUCUGGCUUUAAGGAUGAUGACUUUUUAGGAGGCCGAGGUAGAGGCGGUCGCGGUGGGCCUGGUGGGCCUGGAGGGCCUGGUGACAGACGAGGGCCUCCACCUGCAGCUGCUGGCCGUUACAGAGAUGCACCACCACCACCACGUGGUGGUUCCAUGGACUUCAGAGAACCUUCAGAAGAAGAGAGAGCACAGAGGCCACGACUUCAACUUAAACCAAGGACGGUUGCAACUCCCCUCAAUCAAGUAGCCAAUCCAAACUCUGCAAUCUUUGGUGGCGCUAAACCCAGAGAUUUUGGAGAAAAGGAAAAAGAAUGAGCUUGAAGGUUGGGACAGAGGGACAGAGGAGAGAGCGUAAGCUGGUCACUCUGGAUCAUCAACCCCGCAGUUACCAUUCCUGCCUCCUGACAUUCACUCCUCAUUUCCCUUGUGUCUGAAACUGAACACUGAGCUUGUGAAUGCAUGUCAGCUGUUUAACAAGUGGUUUUUAGUACAUUCUCUGCUUUUCUGUAUCUAGUACCUGCAUUGUGCUGUUUCCACCUCCUAUUCCUCUUUACUAUCUGCAGGAUGCUGUCCUGCAGGGAAGGAUUCCUCUGAAAAAUGAAAUUCAUUUUGGACUUGAGAUGAAUUGCAGUUUAUUCAGUAUAUUUUCCUUUUCUGUCUAAUUUGGGGGCACAUGUGUUAUGCCAACACUUGAAUUUGCUGCCCCUGAAUUACCUAGUGCUUUGCUUCACUUCUAACCUGCAUGUUUUGUUCUGUAUUGCCAAGACUCUGUGAAAAGGUAGAACCUGGCAUGUUUAUGUGCCAUGGAUUAAAGAGCCCACCACCUGGUAUCUUUUAAACUUGACAUGGCUACAUUUUUUGGGUUUUAAGCCUUUACCAUGAACACUUCCCUAUUACUCUGUACACAGUGUACUAUACACUUUUCCAUGUGGAGAAGAUUUGUCUAAAUAUCUUUUUAUUUAACUUGAUAAAUAGAAUUUACCUAUAUAUGGCUUAACCUAUCACGUGUCUAAUUUACUCUAAAAUGUGUCUCCCCAUUAAAUAGACACUGUGCUGUAUUGUGCAAAAUAUGUAUAAAAUAAGAAAAGGAGAUUUUUGGAUAGGGUAAGAGUUAUGAACGCAAACUCGCACUUAAAAUUUUCAUAGGAAAUAUUUUAUGUUGCUGCUACUUGGACUUUCUAACAUACAGAAAUAAAGUGUUUUUUUUUUUUUAUCGUUCUUCAAAUGCUAAAUUGAUAUAGCCUUAAGUAUAUUUUCUUUUUUUUUGUGUGUGCAAUUUGUCACUUUUACACUGACAAAUGCAGAACAUUUCCAGGUCUACACAUCCUUUUGAUGCAUUUUUGGUGUCUGCAUUGUGUCAGAUCUACUCAUGUGUUUGCGCUAGCUCCUGUUUUGGACAACCUCCAUAGCAUUAUGCACUCUACCUUUUGAUGCUUGAGCGUUAAGGUGGACAAAAACUUGGUAAAACAUGCCAAAUGUACUGCUCCUCUUGUUGCCCUGUGCCCACAACAGCCAGGAACACCCUCUGUGUAGCAGGCUUCUGCUGCUUCCUGAUUCUGUUUACCUGUGACCAGGAAUGGGAUCCCACUCCUUGUUGAGGAUGCAGUGCUACACAGAGGAAGACACUUAAGUUUGUAUUUAAAGGGUCUCGCUGGCUGUUUUUGUAAAGAGCAGCUACAGGCAUAGGGCAGGUUUUGUUUUAAUGGGUUUAUGUCUGCUUUAAAAUGGGGCAUACAGCAUGUGAUUGUAGUGCCUGCCAAGUAUCCUGACUUUAGGGUCAGCUCAGGUAUGUAAACGCUCAAAUAAUCCAUUGCUUUACAGUGUCGUGCUGCCCAAUGGCUUUCAUCCUUCCAAUGCUGUGGAGUGUUUAAAGGCCAGGUGACACACUGAGGUUGUGUAGUCUUCUGCUUCUAGUGCCUAUGUGAGCAAGGUCUAAAAGCAGUUUCUUAACAAAUUUUUUUCUUUUUUGUUUUGAAGUGAUUUGGCAGCGUAUUUUUACCCUCCUCCUGGCCCUAAAAGUUAGUUUAAUAUAAAUUUAGAAGUUGUGGCAGAGCUUAAGGUUGGCAUAUUUUAAAUUAUAUAGACUCUCUUCACUGCCACUGGCAGCUGAAACGGUGACUUGCAGGUCACUGGCAGUAAGAGUUGAAACCAGUAUUAAAAUAAAGGCAAUUAACAUUUUUACCUCCAGCGUCUCAGCAAGCCUGUUCUCUUUACUCUUGUUUCUUUUCUUCCAUACGUGCUCAGUGCUAAUAAGAACCAUUUUGUCUAACACUAGUAUAUAAAAUAAGACAUGCUUUGUUUGGUAUUAUAAAGGCCAGAACCAUCCCCUCUGAUUUAAUCUAGGUUUAUUUCAGUCUGCUGUGUGGGAAAGCUUAAGACAGAACAAACAGAUAACUUCACAACUGGUCUAUACAUUUUGCCAUUUUUAAAUGACAAUUCCAGACACUCUACACAUUCUGCUUCAUGACCGAAAGUACAUAAAUGGACAUGGUAUUUUGUGGAAGAUCUUUUAAAUAAAAGAAAACCUUAAUGAAGUAGUCUGCUUUUACAUUUGUCUCUUAAAAUGCCUAUGCCCCUUGCAUUGCUGUGUAAAACAUUACUGUGAUUAAUUUGAUGUGACAGAACACUCUUGAUUAAAUGUAUUUUCAUUAAAGAA